AUUACGAGGUUGUUUGAAAGUCAGCAAAACUUCCGAAUCGUAACCCGAUUCCUCUUGACAUAGAUUGUCAACCGUCGCGCCGCAUGCCCACUCAACCGACACGAAAUACCUUGAUCACCGUCAUAAAGUAAACUCCACGGUCGCCGCAGAUUUUUUUGGAUUACAAUCACCUACCGCUUAUAUCGAGGCCGACUAAACAUUAUAGAAGGAAGCUUUGGUUUCCCUUAUUGGCAUACUAUCGCCGAGGGAAUGACGAUGGGAGCAAAAAUGCCCUCGCCGCAUCAGAGGUUCUUCAGCAUGCGGAACCCCUUCUCAAGAUGUGUUCUCUUUGCUGUUGCAUUGCUUCUGCUCCUUGCGAUCACGUGGAAGUCCGACCGCAUAGAAGAUGUCGGUUCGCGAAUCGUAAAGGCUGCUGCUAGCCACAACACAAAGGACAACACACAUCAACAACCACUAGGCGACGCUCCUCAAGCGACAGAUAAAGAUGUUGCUCCGGUAUCGAACCACGUUAUGGAUUGCAGUGUCAACUCUACCCAUAUGAGCGAACUGAAGGCUAAGUAUGAACUUGGAGACACUUUCCAAUACCUAAAGCGAUAUGUCAAGAUCAACCGCCAGCCCGUUCCUCGAAAGUCGAUUACCAAAGUCAACCAACAAUUCCUCCCACAUGCUUUCACUACCGUUGAUUUGCAACACCCAAGCACUUACGGAGGUGAACAAUGCAUUGAACCUCUUCAAGUUCCCGUUUCCGAGUCCCCAUUCCCUGCUACUGGCAAUUUGUCCGAUUUCAUGUUUGGCGUUUCUACAACAUUCAAGAGAUUCAGCUCGGAGAAGACGAGCCCCGUGAAUGAAUGGACAUACUGGUUGACCGAUGGCAAAGGUAACUCUAAUGGUGGCAAGUUGGUUCUCUUGCUAUUAGAUGCUACCGAGGACCAAAUACUACACGCCAAGACGAUACUGCACCAUGCUGGAAUUGACGUUGAUGUUUUCCAUUCGGAUUCGUCAAUGGAAAUGGCCGUUCGCUACCUCACGCUUAUUCCGACCUUGUACAACCAUCCUGAGCGACCAUCGAAAAAAUGGCUAGUUUCAUGCGAUGACGACACUUUUUUCCCCAGCGUUCACGCACUGACGAAGAAGUUUGAGGUUUAUGACCCUAAUGACAUGCUCUACAUCGGUACUCUGUCCGAAGAUGUCAACAAUGUUGAUCGUCACGGAUCGCAGGCUUUCGGUGGCGCCGGUGUGUUUUUGUCGGUACCCUUAGCUGAGCAGAUCACGAAGGACUACGAAACUUGUAAGACGGAUGAGAAAAUUCACGAGUCGAACUCUGGUUGGGGUCCUCAGGGCGAUAUCCUUCUCCGCAAGUGCAUCUACGAAAACACAGACGUCCGUCUGUCCAUUCUUCGUGGUCUUUACCAGCUUGACCUCUACGGAGACCCAUCUGGUUUCUACGAGUCUGGCAUUAAGCCUAUCUCCCUUCACCACUUCAAGGGUGGCGGGUGGCACUCGGCUCUGCCUUGGGAGUACACCAAGAUCGCUCACAUCUGUGGUGAAGACUGCACUCUUCAGCGAUUCCAGACUGCUGAUAACUUCAUCAUUUCGACUGGUUUCAGUGUCGUCCAGUAUCCCUUGGGUAUCAAUUUCAACCUUGCUCAGAUGGAACGAACGUUCGCUGCCGCGCCGCAAGAUAAGGGCUGGAACUUGGACUACGUAUUCGACCCACAGCGACCAAGUCUAUUGAAGACGGGCCGUAAGAUCAGCUGGGACCUCCAGGAAGCCAGUGUGAACGAAGACAACACGGUUAGCCAUGUCUACGUCCGAAAAGCCAAUGAUUGGAGAUGGGUUGACCGAAACGGCGAACCGAUGUCUCAGCUUGAUGGUAUAAUAGAACUUGUCUGGGUCCCAUAAAGGACUUCACGCAGUGCGUGGUAAACGACAUAAUGAUAUUACACGACGGUAUAGGAAAUGGCGGAUGUAACAUUCAUCUACUCGACUUGGAAGAGAAUGGAUUGGAAACUUAUGGGAGUUUGCUAUGGAUACGGCAAAAUUGCUCCAUUACAUAGCUGCCGAGUCGCCAUUUUGCUUGUUCGGUCCUCCCGAAUCCGUUGAAUACCGGCCACGACUAGGUUAGCUCACUG